GGAGAGAAAAAAUACAUACAUUGUUUCUCGUUCUCUCCGUUGGUACCGAUGGGGUCUCAGGAGUGAUCCGCACGCUUGAUGGUGUAGUUUUAGCAGGGAUUGCGAGCUCCGAACACACUUGCGGGCUCGAUCUGGAAGUCCAUACUGGAGUAACUGGGUGGCCGUCCGUAAAGUAGACUGGACUUGUUGGGGGAAGAGAGCUGGGUGGCCCCCCGAAACGAACUGAUUUUUGCACGCCAGAACAAGCCGCAAAUACGGAGGGACGGUAAAACAUCGCGGCUUCGGUGGCUGUUGGUGGGGAAGGAAACGCACCAUGGCGAAGAUUCAGGCUCACAGCAGCACUGCGAAGCAAAUCAACCAGAUCCAAGACAAGGCCUAUGUGGUUCAGAAGCAAGUCCAGCAGCAGCACUUUCAGAAACUAAAGGUAGAGGAUGCCUUAUCUUACUUGGACCAAGUUAAAAUACGGUUUGGAAAUGAUCCAGGAAUCUACAAUAAGUUUUUGGAUAUCAUGAAAGAAUUUAAAUCGCAAAGCAUUGACACACCAGGAGUUAUCAACAGAGUUUCCCAGCUCUUCCAUGGGCACCCGGACCUUGUCCUGGGAUUUAAUGCAUUUCUACCGCCUGGGUAUCGGAUUGAAAUUCCCAAGAAUGGAAUGGCAUUUCUUCAAUCCCCAUUUUCCUCGCAGGUUUCUCCAGGAGCAGGACGGAGUACAGGCAGUUCUGUCGUCAGUGCCUCUUCAUCAGCAGUGGUUGAGGCAGCAGGGCCAGCUCAGAAUGAAGCUGUGACCUCUCCGGAGAGCAUUGCUUCAUCUUCGGGACCUCCUGAACAGUCAAGCAAGUUGUCACUUCCUCUACCCAACCGAGAGAGCCAAUCACAGCCAGCGGCCACAUCUGUGUCCCCUCCCACUUCCGAGCCCAGCCCUGUGGAGUUUGACAGCGCCAUCAGCUACGUCAAUAAGAUCAAGAACCGAUUUUUGGACAACCCAGAAACCUACCGGGCUUUUUUGGAAAUUCUGCACACAUACCAGAAGGAGCAGCUGGAGGUGAAGGAGAGCAGAGGUCGCAGCACUGGAGGAAUGACUGAAGAUGAGGUUUUCUCUAAAGUGGCCAGUCUUUUCAAAGGGCAAGAGGAUCUGCUCGCCGAAUUUGGCCAGUUUUUACCUGAUGCAAAGAGAUCUUUGUUCACUGGAGGUUCUUUGCCGCUGAAGAAAGUGGAGGAAGAAGAACUGAAUAAACAGACCAAGAAAAGACCAAGACCCAUGCUACUGCCCCACAUGACCCCACUCCUAAAGAAAAAAAUGAAGUAUUCCUGUUCCAAAGACCCAUCUUUUGCCUCUGUUGGAAAACACGGAGUCUUGCGGGAAUUCACGUUCUUUGACAAGGUUCGUCGUCUACUCAAAAGUCAGGAGGUGUACGAGAAUUUCUUGCGCUGCAUAGCCUUGUUCAAUCAGGAAGUGGUUUCGGGAGCCGAACUCCUGCAGCUUGUGACUCCAUUCUUAGGGAAGUUUCCAGAACUGUACACCCAGUUUAAGUCAUUUUUGGGUGAUAAAGAGCUGUCUCAUGUCAUCUCGGGGCUCUCCGACCGCUACAUGGAGGGUGGAGGCAGAGAAGUGGAUUAUGCCUCCUGUAAACGACUAGGCUCAAGCUACAGAGCCCUGCCCAAGACAUACCAACAGCCCAAAUGCAGCGGCCGAACUGCUAUAUGCAAAGAGGUGCUGAAUGAUACAUGGGUCUCAUUCCCUUCCUGGUCUGAAGACUCAACUUUUGUGAGUUCCAAGAAAACACCAUAUGAAGAGCAACUUCAUCGCUGUGAGGAUGAGCGGUUUGAGCUGGAUGUUGUGCUCGAGACCAAUUUGGCAACGAUAAGAGUAUUGGAAAGCGUGCAGAAAAAGCUAUCCCGCCUUUCACUAGAGGAUCAAGAGCGUUUCCGAUUGGACGACUGCCUGGGUGGCACUUCCGAAGUCAUCCAACGGCGUGCAGUCUAUCGCAUAUAUGGCGAUAAAGCACCAGAGAUCAUAGAGGGGUUGAAGAGGAGUCCAGCCACUGCAGUUCCUGUUGUACUCAAACGUUUGAAAGCGAAAGAAGAGGAGUGGAGGGAGGCCCAGCAGGGUUUCAACAAAAUCUGGAGAGAGCAGUACGAGAAGGCGUAUCUGAAAUCACUGGACCAUCAGGGUGUCAACUUCAAACAAAACGACAUGAAGGCCCUCCGAUCCAAGAGUCUUCUCAAUGAGAUAGAGAGCAUUUAUGAUGAGCGGCAGGAGCAGAGCACAGAAGAGGGCAGCGUGGGCCAGCAAGGCCGUGACGGCACGAGCACAGCGUCAACCAGCGAACCCCACAUGAUCUUUAACUAUGAGGACAAACAGAUCCUGGAGGACGCCGCUUCCCUCAUCAUCUACCACGUCAAGCGGCAGCCCACCAUCCACAAGGACGACAAGGACCACAUCAAGCGCAUCAUCCAGCACUUCGCCCCAGACCUCUUCUUCGCCCGUCGUGGAGAGCUUAGCGAGACUGAGGAGUUCACGGAUGAGGAGGGCGAGGGGGAAGACGGUGCGGCCGCAGGAGGUGGAGUGUCAUCCACAGGACAACAACAGCUGAACGGCGAGUCCAGAAGACGACGAUGCACUUCUCCUCAAAGCAUGGACACGUCAACAGUGGCCCACAGCAUUAAUCCCGAAGGAGAGGCGGUGGAUCUGAGGGACCCAGAGGCUGAGCAUCAGAAGGAGAUGGAUGGGGUCUACAACUUGUUCUUCGUCAAUAAUAACUGGUAUUUCUUCCUGCGGCUGCACCAGACUCUGUGCUCGCGGCUGCUGAAGAUUUACAGGCAGGCCGAGAGACAGUUGCUGGAGCACCGGGCCGAACAGAACCGGGAACGGCUACUCAUGGGAGAGGGACGCAGGGAAAAGGCAAACGACCUGGCCAUGGAGCUCCGUCUAAAGCAGCCGAGUGAGGUAGAGUUAGAGGAAUAUUAUCCAGCAUUCUUAGACAUGGUACGCAGUCUUCUGGAUGGAAACCUGGAGUCUACCCAGUAUGAGGACACGCUGAGAGAAAUGUUCACCAUCCACGCUUACAUCGGCUUUACCAUCGACAAGCUCAUUCAGAACAUCGUAAGACAGCUUCAGCACCUGGUCAGUGAUGAGGUGUGUCUACAAGUCACUGAGCUGUACCUGGCGGAGAGGAAGAGAGGAGCCGCCGGUGGGAAUCUCUCAUCCCAGUGUGUUCGUGCCGCAUGGGAAGCCAGCUAUCAGUGGAAGGCUGAGAGAGUCAUGGCUGAGGAGAACUGCUUCAAGGUCAUGUUUAUUCAAAACAAGGGUCAGGUGACCUUAACCAUUGAGCUAUUGGACACAGAGGAAGCCCAGGGCGAUGAUCCACUGGACGUUCAGAGCCUGUCUAAUUACAUGGAGCAGUAUAUUGGGACUGAGACUCUGUGCUCUCAGGCUGAAGGCUACUACUUCAAGCCUGUGUUUCUGCCCAGGAAUGUGAGACAUUUCCGUGGCUGGCAGAUCAAGCAGGUUGAAGCCAUGCGCUGCCGGAGAGAGUGGCAUAGAAAGAUGGGUGUAGAGACAGCCGGAAACCUGGACUGCCGAUUCAAACUGAACACACACAAGAUGGUGUUUGUGAUGAACUCCGAGGACUACAUGUACCGCCGAGGAGCCCUGGUGAAGGCUCGGAGGUCUCAGCACAGAGUAGCGAGGGCUCAGCACGAGCGCUUUGAGCAGUGGCACCGGGGCUGGCUGAGUGAACACGUGUCUCCCGCCGCCGAGCGCAGUGUGCAGGAUUGGCUCAUGGGAGAAGAGGAUGAGGACAUGAUACCCUGCAAGACCAAUUGUGUGUCCCUGCAGGUCAAAGGCUUGCAUGUCAACAGGUACCAGGUGCACUACAACAGCAAGGCCCCCGCCUCGCCGUAACAACCUCACGCCUUCAGAUGGAGUUUUGUGAUCUCUCUCUCUUUCUCUUUCUGUCUCACUCACUGAUUCAUUCUCACGGCCGAGGUCAAGUACUCUCAGCCCAAACACAGCAUUUAAGGAGGACAGACAGCUGCUCAGAGGAAGAAAUCCUCAUCGACGAGCAUCACAUCUCAACACUAGUCCAUCAUGGCCGAUGCAGUUAUCAGACGUUUCAGAAAUGUGAAUGUCAAAAACUUUUUUUGUUUGUUUUUUUUUAAAGAAAGUCCAUUGUAGUUUUUAGCAACUGAAAGCAGAGUUUGUUUUGUUUAUACUGAAGUAUUGAGAGACUAGGUUUAAAGUAUGUCUGCAAACAUCUGUAUGUGUCUUUUUGUACAGUACAGUCGACUCAAGAGCUCGAGCAAUUGCAUAUAUGCGGCAGAAAGAUUAUUCCGUGUGCAUUUCCUUGGCUAUGAAUGAUGACCUGGAAAAAAAUUAUGUUUUCUCUGGCGCACACUGGUAUCCUAUCCGUAAUGUCCUUGUUUUAGUUCUCUGUUUUGUGUUCUUUGUUUUCAUCGUCUCUUCUAACUAAACAGGAUUGCCGGUGUCGUCCGUCAAUCACUGCUCAUGAUUUAUAGUCCAUUUUGUUAAAUCUUUCAGAUCAUGUAUCAUAUCGAUCUCGCCAAAUCCUUGCUUUUGUUUGGUGUAAUUUUUACAUAUUAAAACAGAAAAUGACAAAAUAUCAGUGUUUUGAAAAAAGAAUGUAUAACAUUUAUCCUGUAUCAGUUAUCACAAAAUAAACAACCUAGUUGUGCAGUUCUUAAA